AUGGCGGCCUCCAAAGCCUUUGCUGUUGCGCUGGUUGCUUGUGCUUGCCGUGUUGUGUCUGCUGGGCCUUUGAGCAACCUGCUAGCAGACUUGACUGGCCAGAACAGCCACCACAACGCAACAUGCCUCUCUGACGCUCACGAGGGCAGUGCACAUGCUUGUGGUCUGGCAUCCAGCUUCACGGGCUUCUUCCCUGAUGCAGCUGCGCACCAGUCGGAUCAUUUCCUGCCCGAGAUCUCGAGCCAAUCCGUCUCUGGUUCUCAUGACAUGCAACAUGGUGAUCACAUGGACCAAUUCGACCAGCAGUCGUUGCUCACGGGAAAGCGCCCGAAAAUGUUCGUGAGCUUCAACAAGAAGGAGUGA